AUGGCUGCGACGGUGGCGAUUGCCCUGAAACCGCCGGCGAGCUUUUUCCGUGGCGGAAACCGUCGCGACGGAGAAAAUGGAUUUUCAGUCGCGCGAGUUUCUAAAGGCGAACGGUUCACUGAGAGCAUCGUUCGUCUCUCUGCUUCGACUGUGUUGUUUCUCGGUUUAACACUACGCGUCUGCUCUCCGGCCUCCGCUAGAUUACCACCGCCGAUUAUCGCUACUCAUUCCGUUACGGAGAAUAAAAUCGAUUCAGGAACUGUAUCUGGUGCUGCUGAGGAGAAUCAUGGAAUUGUAAAUGAAGAAGAUGAAAAAUUGGAAGCAGAUUUCGAAGCUUAUAAGGCUAAAGUGUAUUCUCUAACUGUGCCGCUUAAACUCGUUGCUCUUCGUGGUUCAGUACCACCAUCAUGGAUCAAGGAUUUCAUGAGCUCACAAGGGAAGAGAGUGAGGUUAAAAACAAGGUUCCGAGCAAAUCUUGAAGAAAUUUUCUUCGAUCUAUCGACGUCUAGUAGAAAAGCGAAAAAGGGGUCUGCUUUGGAAGCUGAUAUGAUCAGCAUUGGUGAUUCUUGGCUUAGUUUCGCAAUUAAGGAAAAGCUGAUAGAGCCGAUGAAAGGGGUCGAAGAUCAAGACUGGUAUAAAAGCUUGAGUGAUAAAUGGAAGAUUUAUCUCCGCAGGAACUUGGCAGGAGAAAAUGCUCCUGACGGUGAAACGUGGGCUGUGCCAUACCGCUGGGGAAGCAUGGUAAUAGCAUAUAAAAAGAGCAAAUUUCAGCAGUAUAAAUUGGCUCCAAUAGAGGACUGGGCUGAUCUCUGGCGACCCGAGCUUGCAGGGAGGAUCUCAAUGGUGAAUUCUCCUAGAGAGGUUGUUGGUGCUGUUCUCAAAUACAUGGGAGCAUCAUACAACACAACAGACCUCGAUUCACAAGUUGCUGGUGGAAGAAUCGCUGUGGAGAAAAAUCUAGCAUCGCUUAUGAAACAGAUUAAACUGUUUGACAGUACCAACUAUUUAAAAGCUUUCAAUGUCGGAGAUGUCUGGGUUACUGUCGGUUGGAGCAGCGAUGUUAUCCCUGUCGCAAAACGUAUGUCUAAUGUUACAGUAAUUGUUCCAAAGUCUGGUGCCACCUUAUGGGCUGAUCUAUGGGCAAUUCCGGCUGUCUCUGUUGCUUGUAAAGAAGCAGAACAGAUAGGAGGAAGAGUGCGAGGCCCAUCCCCAUUAAUCCAACAGUGGAUAGAAUUCUGCUUGCAGCCCGCAAGAUCGUUACCAUUCACACGGGAAGUAAUUCCCGGUGCAUCUCCUUCAGCUCUUGAGGGUCUUCUGGUUAGCGAGCCCGAAGAAACAAAGAAGGACAGAACAAAACUUGACACAAACCUCGUCUCCGGUGUUCCUCAUCCAGAUAUCUUGUCUAAAUGCGAGUUCUUGGAACCUUUACCAGAAGCUACGCUACUGGAGUACCGGCUUCUGAUUGAUAGUGUAAAGAAGCAAAGCCAAGAACCUGGCCUUGUGGAGAAACUAAAGGACAUUGUUUCGAUUUGGGUUCAAGGCUUUAGGGCAAAGCUUCACUCCUAA